AUGUCUCUGCCAAUCGACGAGAAGCGGUUAUCCACUUCCGAGAGACUCUACGCUGUCUCCGAAAAGGACCUGGAAACAACGGGGACUCGAGAGGCCGUAAUCGGUGAUCUAGAUAAUGGGGAGAUCAACGAGAUGGCAGUCGUUGCUGAGGGAGAAGAACGAACAACGUGGUUCGUUUGGAUUUUGGUAGCAUCUUCUGCUAUCUCGGGCCUGCUCUUCGGCUACGAUACGGGGGUUAUAUCCGGCGCAUUGGUCACUAUUGGCUCUGAUUUAGGACCUGCAGAGUUGUCGAAUGGCCAGAAAGAAUUGAUCACGUCUUCUACCACGCUUGGCGCCCUGCUUGGUGGCCUCGUCGCUGGUAUACUCUCUGAUUGGACGGGGCGGAGACCAGUGCUGGGCAUCGCAGACAUUAUUUUCAUAGGUGGCGCCAUCGCCCAAGCCGUUUGUCAUGAUGUUUGGAGUAUGAUCGGUGGCAGGUUUCUCAUUGGCAUAGGUGUCGGUCUGGCAGCGUGCAUAGCACCUUUAUAUAUUCAGGAGCUUUCCCCAACGAGACUCAGAGGACGAAUGGUUGUCCUGAAUGUAGUCAUGAUCACUCUGGGUCAGGUCAUCGCAUAUGGAAUUGGUGCCGGAUUCGCUAACGUGCAAAGCGGUUGGCGAUACAUGGUUGGACUGGGAGCAGUGCCAGCAGGAAUCCAAAUAUUCCUGUUGUUCUUCAUGCCAGAGAGUCCGAGGAUCCUUGUACGAAGGGGGAACCUAAGCGCGGCGCAUGCUGUAAUGACGAGGGUUUAUGCUCACGCAAAUGAGAAGGAUGUAGAUCUAAAGGUCAAAGUCCUUCAAGCAGCAGUUCAGCAAAGCAUCAAAAUCACCAACUCAACAACACUAUUCCAACGUUGUAGAUCCAUGCUAAGCAACCCGGUCAAUCGUCGCGCCCUCAUUGUGGGAUGCGGAAUGCAAGCCUUUCAGCAAUUGUGCGGAUUCAAUACCUUGAUGUACUAUUCCGCAACACUGUUCAAAGAUAUUGGGUUCGACCAGCCUACAGCUGUGGGGCUCAUAGUAUCUGGAACGAACUUCGUCUUCACUCUUUUCGCACUCAAGUGGAUCGACAAAAUCGGCAGACGAAAUAUAAUGAUCUGGACGGCUCCGGGUAUGAUAUUUGGCCUGACGUUCGCCAGCAUUUGCUUCCAUUUCUUGACGAGGAAUACUGGUGGUAACCUUAUCGAGAAUACGGAGUACUCAACCGUCUGGUCGGGCUUGGUCUUGUUCUCGAUGAUCUUAUUUGUUGCAUCGUAUGCCACAGGAUUGGGGAACGUACCUUGGCAGCAAGGCGAAUUAUUCAGUCUCGAAGUACGGGGUAUCGGCACCUCCUUGGCAACAGCGACAAACUGGGGCGCCAACCUCCUCAUUGGAUCAACGUACCUUUCACUGAUGGCUAAGAUUACGCCUUCUGGUGCAUUUGGAUUCUACGCUGGGAUGUGCCUAUUAGGCUGGGUAUUCUGCCUGUUCUGCUUCCCUGAGACGGCAGGCCUCAGCCUCGAGGAAGUCGGGAUGGUGUUCAAGGAUGGGUUUGGCAUCAAAGAAAGCCAGAGACUGAGGAAGGUCAAGCAAGCAAUGAAGAUCGAAGCGAUCAGCGCAGAAAAUAAGAGGAAUGAAUCGGGGGUAACGAAUAAUCAAUAG